AUGUCCCAGACGCCAGAAACACAAUCCAUAGACUUACAGGAUCUUUCAGUCAUCACAACACGUCCACACACCUUCAAGCAAAACCUGCACCGCGUGCCGCCUCCCAGAAGGUACAAGACUAGCAAGCAGCUUUUCACCGACGAACAGAAGUACUUGCAGACCAAAGACAUCAAAUUCGACACUCCUACUUGGCAGUCGAUAGGAGCGCCUCCUAGCUUGAAACCCAACAAGCACUACUGUGAUAUUACGGGGUUGGAGGGCAGAUACAAGAACCCAUCCAAUGGGCUCAGGUUCCAUAACGUGGAGAUCUACCAGGAGGUGAUACGGAACAUGCCCCCAGGAGUGGACCAGGAGUACUUGAAGUUGCGUGGAGCCAACGUAGUGUUGAAGUAG